AUGCGCCAUCUGAACGCAGGCAGAGGCAAGCAGCAGCAGCAGCAGCAGCAGCAGCAGCAGCAGCAGCAGCAGCAGCAGCAGCAGCAGCAGCAGCAGCAGCAGCAGCAGCAGCAGCAGCAGCAGCAGCAGCAGCAGCAGCAGCAGCAGCAGCAGCAGCAGCAGCAGCAGCAGCAGCAGCAGCAGCAGCAGCAGCAGCAGCAGCAGCCACAGCAGCAGCAGCAGCAGCAGCAGCAGCAGCAGCAGCAGCAGCAGCAGCAGCAGCAGCAGCAGCAGCAGCAGCAGCAGCAGCAGCAGCAGCAGCAGCAGCAGCAGCAGCAGCAGCAGCAGCAGCAGCAGCAGCAGCAGCAGCAGCAGCAGCAGCAGCAGCAGCAGCAGCAGCACAGCAGCAGC